AUGCUUAGGACAAGAGUGGCUGCCAUCUUAUAUAAGGCUACUGCCAGGUCAGGCACACAUUAUGCUUCUUUAGCGAGGGCCAGAUCAUUUCAUUCUCAGUCCAUUUUGCUCAAGGCGGCUGUUACAGACAUAUCUUCCACGCAGUACACGAGGAUUUACAAUCCUGAGUUGAAAAAUGUGGAUAAACCUCUAGAUACUUUUGCCAGGCGUCAUUUAGGUCCUUCCCCUAAUGACGUUGAAAAAAUGUUAAAAACAAUGGGCUACAGCGAUUUAAACGCAUUUAUAGAAGAGCUUGUUCCUCCCAAUAUUUUGAAGAGAAGACCAUUGAAACUAGAGGCUCCUAGUAAGGGAUUCUGUGAACAAGAAAUGCUUCAACAUCUAGAAAGGAUUGCCAAUAAGAACCGCUAUAAAGUUAAAAACUUUAUCGGUAAGGGUUAUUACGGUACGAUUUUACCACCAGUUAUUCAGAGAAACCUGUUGGAAAGUCCUGAAUGGUAUACUUCUUAUACUCCCUAUCAGCCUGAAAUAUCACAAGGUAGGCUUGAAGCGCUAUUGAACUUUCAAACAGUCGUUUCAGAUUUGACCGGUUUGCCCGUGGCCAACGCCUCAUUGUUGGAUGAGGGUACUGCAGCUGGUGAAGCUAUGCUAUUGUCGUUCAAUAUUUCCAGGAAAAAAAAAUUGAAAUACGUAAUAGAUAAAAAAUUACACCAGCAAACAAAGAGUGUCCUUCAUACCAGAGCCAAACCGUUUAAUAUUGAAAUUGUUGAAGUUGACUGUUCAGACACCAAGAACGCCGUAGAUGUUUUGAAGAAUCCCGACGUAUCUGGUUGUUUGGUUCAAUAUCCAGCAACAGAUGGUUCAAUUUUACCGCCUGAUUCGAUGAAACAACUUUCUGAAGCGUUACACUCUCACAAGUCUUUACUCUCUGUCGCUUCAGACUUAAUGGCUUUGACACUUUUGAAACCACCUGCUCAUUACGGCGCUGACAUUGUCCUGGGCUCUUCUCAACGAUUUGGUGUCCCAAUGGGUUAUGGUGGUCCUCAUGCUGCCUUUUUUGCUGUCAUUGAUAAGUUAAAUAGAAAAAUUCCAGGUAGAAUUGUCGGUGUGUCUAAAGACCGCUUAGGGAAAACGGCCUUGCGGUUGGCCCUCCAAACUAGAGAGCAACACAUCAAGCGUGAUAAGGCAACUUCAAAUAUUUGUACCGCUCAAGCUCUAUUGGCUAAUGUUGCUUCAAGCUACUGCGUUUAUCACGGUCCCAAGGGCCUGCAGAAUAUUUCCAGGAGAAUAUUUUGCUUAACAUCAAUGUUGGCAAAUGCCAUUAAAAACGACAAUUGCCCUCACCAACUAGUAAACCAAAGUUGGUUUGAUACUUUGACUAUAAAGUUAGGUAAUGGCCUCUCUUCUCAGCAGUUAUUGGACAGGGCUCUGAAAGAAUUUGAUAUCAAUUUGUUUGCCGUCGAUACUACCACUGUUUCCUUGGCACUUGACGAAACAACUACAAAAGCUGAUGUUGAAAACCUACUGAAAGUAUUUAACAUCGAAAAUUCCACGCAGUUCCUUUUUGAAGACUAUUCUGACAGCUUCCCGAUAGAAUUUCAGCGUACCGAUGAAAUAUUGAAGAACGAAGUGUUUCACAUGCACCAUAGCGAAACAGCAAUGUUGAGAUACUUACAUAGGUUGCAAUCUCGUGAUUUAUCACUUGCUAAUUCUAUGAUUCCUUUAGGUUCCUGUACUAUGAAAUUGAACAGUACUGUUGAAAUGAUGCCAAUCACUUGGCCGCAAUUUUCCAAUAUCCACCCCUUCCAGCCAUCAAACCAGGUUCAAGGGUACAAAGAACUAAUUACUUCUCUGGAGAAAGAUUUAUGCAGCAUUACAGGUUUCGAUGGUAUUUCUUUACAACCUAAUUCAGGUGCACAAGGUGAAUACACCGGUUUGAGAGUAAUCAGAUCUUACUUGGAAAGCAAGGGUGAAAGUCACCGUAACAUAUGUUUAAUCCCCGUUUCCGCACAUGGUACAAAUCCAGCUUCUGCUGCCAUGGCGGGUUUGAAAGUUGUUCCCGUCAACUGUUUACAAGAUGGUUCUUUGGAUCUUGUUGACUUAAAGACCAAGGCUGAAAAGCAUUCUAAAGAACUAGCGGCCGUAAUGAUCACCUAUCCUUCUACUUACGGUUUAUUUGAACCAGGCAUCCAACAUGCUAUCGAUAUCGUGCAUUCUUUUGGUGGACAAGUCUAUUUGGAUGGUGCUAAUAUGAACGCGCAGGUUGGGCUAACUUCACCUGGAGAUCUUGGUGCAGAUGUCUGCCAUUUGAAUUUGCACAAGACAUUUUCCAUCCCUCAUGGUGGCGGUGGUCCAGCUGGGGCUCCCAUUUGCGUCAAAUCCCAUUUAAUACCUCAUUUACCUAAACAUGAUGUUGUUGACAUGAUCACUGGAAUUGGCAGUAACAAAUCUAUCGAUUCGGUCUCCUCUGCUCCAUAUGGUAAUGCUUUAGUAUUGCCAAUUUCUUAUGCCUACAUCAAAAUGAUGGGUAAUGAAGCAUUGCCAUUUUCUAGUGUGAUAGCCAUGCUAAAUUCGAAUUAUAUGAUGACGAGAUUAAAGGAUCAUUAUAAGAUUCUUUUCGUCAAUGAAUUAAGCACACUAAAACACUGCGCUCAUGAAUUUAUAGUUGAUCUUAGAGAAUAUAAAGCUAAGGGUGUUGAAGCUAUCGAUGUUGCCAAGAGAUUGCAAGACUACGGAUUCCAUGCGCCAACAUUGGCCUUCCCUGUUCCUGGAACUUUGAUGGUGGAACCAACAGAAUCAGAGAACCUGGAGGAAUUAGAUAGAUUUUGUGAUGCCAUGAUAUCCAUCAAAGGAGAAAUAAAUGCCUUAGCAGCCGGUCAACCAAAGGGACAGAUUCUGAAAAAUGCCCCUCAUUCAUUGGAAGAUUUUAUUACUUCCUCCGAUUGGGAUACAAGAGGUUAUACUCGUGAAGAAGCGGCUUACCCCUUAUCCUUUUUGAGAUACAAUAAGUUCUGGCCUACUGUUGCUAGAUUGGAUGACACUUAUGGCGACAUGAAUUUAAUAUGUACAUGCCCUUCAGUAGAGGAAAUUGCGAGCGAAACUGAAUGA